ACAUGUAAGCUGGACUAAUUCAAAUUAACAAUCAAUUAGAAACGUCAUAUGAUAUUUAAAAUUCUACGUCCCUUCGAGCUUUUAAUUUCUGAAAGGUUUGCUCAUUAAAAACGCGUAUUUCCUCUGAAAGUGAAACACGACGAGAGAUAAAAACGGCAACGAGACAACCCAAACUAGACCUGUGAAUAGUUUUGCUCUCUGGCAACAUUACCGGAAUUUUUCCUCCUUUUCUUUUUGUUUUUUCUUCUUCUUCUUCUUCUUUUGGACUAAAUUUGACGGACAAGUUUUCAACCCCCUAACCAAGUUCUGCAAGUUGAGAAUCCAGUCUGUGCUCGUGACAGCUGACGCGAGAUGGAGAAACUGGUCCUGUACCACAUAGAUGAAGAGUUGGACUCCUCAGAAGUGGCACAGCUUUGCUUCUUGUGUAGUGACGUUAUGAACAGGAAGAGUCUGGAGAAGAUCAAAGAUGCAAAGACAUUGUUCUCAAGACUCGAGGAAAAGGGCCUGCUGGAAAAUAGUUCUUUCCUUUGUCAGCUGCUUGAGACUAUCCAUCGAGCAGAUCUUCUCCGUGUACUGCAGAAUGAUAACAGAUUACAAGAGGAAACAGAUGCUGUUCCUAUCCUGUCUAACUAUCGAGUAAUGCUGUACAAGAUAUAUGAAGACAUGACUCAGGAUAAUCUUAGCAGGAUGAAGUUUUUGUUGAGCGACCAACUGGGCAAAAGGCAGCUUGAGAAUAGCAAAACAGCUCUGGACCUUUUUACUGAAAUGGAAAAGAUGGAAAUAGUGUCCAAAAUGAACGUUACCAAACUCUAUCAAGUGCUGCAACAGUUUGAUCAACAACUAGCAACGACUGUAUGGACUUACAUGGAAGCGUUGCAACAGCCACUUCAAGAGAUCCAACCUCCUCAUUACAGCAUGGAUCAACAGGGGCUGAACAACACCACCACCUCCACUCUGCCACCACAGCCCUUUCUGUCCAUAGCGGAUACUCAGCCCAGCUGUGGAGGAGAGAGCAUUUACUCUGAUGCACAGCCAGACACGGAGUCAUCAUCUCUUUCUGAUGAGACAGAGUACUACUCUCUGACUCAUAAACCUCGAGGUUUGUGCGUAGUCAUCAACAAUGAGCACUUCACAGGGCCCAACCUGAGAACACGGGCUGGAACUCAGGCGGAUGCAAAUGCUCUGAAGACAGUGUUCACUCGCCUUGGCUUUCAAGUGGUAAUACACAACAACCUGACUGCAGAAGAAAUUCGCCGUAAUAUACACACACUGGGUACAAGACGUUUUUCAGAUGAUGACGCCUUGGUGCUAUGCGUGCUUUCCCAUGGGGAAAAGGGGUGUGUCUAUGGCUCUGAUGAAAAAGAAGUCCGCCUACAAGAACUGACAGAGUCGUUCAGGAGUGGCAGGGCCCCCACUUUGGCAGGGAAGCCAAAACUCUUCUUCAUCCAAGCGUGCCAGGGGAAAAGCAUGCAGAUAGGAGCCCCACCCUGCCUGUCAAAGCGAGGACAGAACGAGGAGGAAACAGAGAACCGCAUCGAGGAUGAUGCAUCUUCCGGUGUCAGCCAGACAGUACCUUGGGAUGCAGAUUUCUUGUUAGGCAUGGCCACCGUGGCAGAGUACAAGUCAUUUCGAAACACCUCCACAGGCUCCAUCUACAUCCAGGAGCUGUGUAAGCAGCUGGAUAAAUCAGCUAGAAGCUCGGAGAAUGACGACAUCCUCACUGUCCUGACACGUGUGAACAGGGAAGUCAGCAAAGGAGUGUAUUUAAACUACAAACAAAUGCCUGAGCCCAAAUACACUCUAACCAAGAAACUUGUCUUUAAAUAUGUGUGAGAUGUCUGUCACCAAGGACCAGACUUCUCAAACUCACAAAUACUACAGUUUACAAUGUGCAUGGGCAUAUAUGAGUGUGUGUGUGUAUGCAACAAAUGACUGGGUGAAUUUGCAUUUAGCCAGAAAUCAUGAAUAAUCAAAUGUUGAAAACAUGUCAUUUUGAUUUUUUAAAAUAAACUUUCUCAACCCUG